GAGGAUUUGUGGAAUGCGCACAGUGAAGCAUCUGGACAGGAUGUGAAAACGUUGAUGUCCAGUUGGACGAAACAAAUGGGUUUCCCGUUGGUGAGUGUACAGCAAACAGUGGACGGUAAUAAACGUGUUCUGAAACUCACUCAAAAGCGAUUCAUCGCUGACGGAACUGCCGAUGAGAAUAAUUCAGUGUGGCAGCAAACAGCGAUAUUUUGGUCAUCUGGCCCAGCGUUUCACUGUUCAUUGGUGAUAUUUGAAGGUGCCAAUAACAGCUUCAACAAGCGCAGAUCCGAGCGUGAUCAAGCACCGAAUGUUGAUGAAAGAACGCGAGCAAGAGUUCGUCAUUGA